AUGCCGCGGCGGCAAUUCCAGGCCGACUUGCAGAAGGCUGCGGAGACCAUAUCGAUAGCGGGAAUCUCAGAUGUGCGCCCAGGCGGCGACGACGGCGAAUUUACCUUCAUGUGCAUGGCAGACGGCCAGAAGCUGCAGAUUUCUGCCCUUAUACCCGAUGUCUCCGACUAUCCUUCUAGUCACACCUGCAUGAUCUUUGGAGCCGACAACACCUCCGCCAGCGUCGCUGCAGCCCUGAACGAUAUUACCAUCAACGCGCAAACUGUUCCUGAGAUCCUUGAGCUGGUUUCCAUCCGCCUCAAGUCGACCGACGAUGACGGUGACCGCCAAAUGCUUGAUUCUCAAGAGUUCGACGAGUUCGACGACGAGGAUGAAGACGAAUAUUUCCCUGGGGACGAGGAGUUGCUACCGUCAAAGCCUCGGAUCGCAGACUAUGCAGCAGUACCCGGUGAGGGCUCUACAGAAGCUACAGCUGCAUUCCGUAAGCGCGUCCGGAAUGAUCUCUCAACUGCGAAGAGCCAAGGUUUCAAGGUGGGCCAUCUCGGUGGUUUAAUGAGCGGCCAAGCAUGCUAUGUCUCUCUUGCGGUCCGCAUUAGCAAGCUCGGCAUCUCAGAAGAAGCUAUGCAAGCAUGGCAGGUGGAGCCGUCAGAGUACCUCGUAGCUAUCCUCCAAUACCCGUCAGGGUAUAGAGAUAUGGACGAAGUGAGGUCAUAUGAUGCUCGUCAAGCUCGCCGAAGUCUCGGUAUCCGUGUCGGCAUAUGUACCACAUACAAACCAACCAUCUCUGAAGCCGUAGCAGCAUUCUCCGUCCUCAGCCACGAAGACGCGAAGCGACAAGAAUCUCAAUCGUUCGAACCACAGAGCGCAUUCACAACGUUACCUACAGGCUUUCGAAACUCUUUCAUCUCUAGGGCCCUGAACGAGUUGUUAGACCAGCGCUUUCACAUGCUCCUCAAAUACCGAUACGGAGGUAUGCCAUGGCAGGGUGCUGAAAUGUUUUACAACGAUCAGGUCCUGAAAGCAUCACAUACGGAUAAAGAUGCUUCGCACGACAAGUACUACGCGGAAGAGAAGAUCUGCAACGCGUGGCCCAAAAUCGUCACAGACGACCACAUCAUUUCUUCAUUCAGCGGACAGCAUUCUCUGCCUCUAGUCGCCAUGCAAUUUGUGCUCCGACACUUUGUGAGGUGCACAGAGUUUUGCCUAAUCUGCUUCAGCAAGAUGCCUGAUGACUUACAGGCCAUCAAGCCUUAUGUCUGCGACAACCCUCUGUGUCUGUACCAGUACAUGUCACUAGGAUUCGGCCCGAGUAUUGAACAUGAAAUACUUUCUCAACCCAAAGUCGUCGACUUGCUCAUCAGCUUCUGCUACAUGAGUGCGCGCGGUGGCGCGCUCAAAGACUUUCCUACUGGUCUUAGCCUAGCAGUACCACCUCCAGUAACUUUCGAGAAGGACUAUGGGCCGAUUACUGCAAGCUAUGCUGCAACAAUCGUGCCUGAACAAACGCGAAUCGCGACUGUAGCUACGCCCGCGAAAAGCACGCGAUACAAUGCAGUCACACGCGAGAUGUUGUUUGAUGAUCACACGCGGGCGUGUCCUGUCUCAAAAGGUCACUGGGUCGUUAUUCGUAUGAUGGAUAACUAUCAGAAAGCUCUGCAUUGUCGUGUUGUAGAUGCAUCGUACUAUCCGGCAGUCAAGCUAUCUAAUCCGAUCAGUCCACUGCUGGAAACAUAUGAGGAUGAAUCACACAUAUCGCGCACUGAUCGACAGCAGGCCGCACAACCGCAAAAGCAGAUGCCAGUUCCGCCUCCCUUGAACGAGUUCCGGCCCGCAACCUACCACCUUUACGAUCACAACUUCGACGACCUCCAGGAUUACGACAAGUCGCAGGCUAUACUGGGUCUGUUGGACUUGUUACCCCCUAUACAGGAGAUGAGGGAGUAUCUCAUGCGGAAACACCAGUCUACGCUUAGCGCAUGGGUUGAUCGCCUUUCUCCGGCUGCCGUUGGGAUACUGCGUUGGGUCAUUGCCUCGAAUCGAGCUUGUAUCCUACAGGUUGAUGACGGAGACCCUGCAAACGGUCGAAAAUCUGAAGAGAGGCUAUACGGUAUGAGCGGUUGGGCACAGUUCCGUUUUGCAAUGGGUGCUCCCGACAAGGAACGCCGAUUCAUUCAAGCGGUGCAACAAACUACUAGCAGACUUGGCCUACAGUAUCCCACUCUAUUUGCAUGGCACGGGAGUCCCCUUAAGAACUGGCAUAGUAUUAUUCGAGAGGGCCUUCAUUUCAACCAAACUCUCCACGGUCGAGCCUUCGGCCAUGGGGUCUAUCAUUCCCAAGAAGUUCAGACAAGCCUCGGGUAUUCCGGCGGAAAUAGUGGAUAUAAUAUUGUCUCCGGUUGCUGGCCGAGAAGUGAGCUAAAAGUUCAACAGGCUUUGGCCCUGAACGAGAUUGUCAAUGCAACAUCGGAGUAUGUCAGCCAUUCGCCACAUCUAGUGGUAGCUCAGUUAGAUUGGAUUCAGACUCGUUACCUCUUUGUGAGGACCCGAGAAGGCAACUGCAAUUUUGCUACUGCAACUGGAGCUGCAACUGGAAACGCAGCAGGAGCCAGCAGACAGGACAGUAGGCCGCUCGCUUGUGUAGACCAGGAUCCGAACCAUACUCCUCGCGGCGUCGAUGGUCCACUCAUUAUUCCAAUCCAUGCCAUUGCCGCCUCUCGUCGGCCAAAGGCAAAAGCUACUGGGGUGAGCGAUCCACAGGGAACUCUGGAGGCCUGGCUAAACAUUCCGCAGAAGCAUAAACGCCAGAAAGCUUCGGGCAAAAGCAAGUAUGACCCCAUCGAGAUUGACGACGACGACGAAACUGCGAGCGUUGCUACCCUUGAGGAGGAUCGUGCCAUUUUCGAAGAGAACGAAGAAGACCAGUUUCAACAGACCACCGGCUUCCUCCCCACACCGAAUUCACUGCCCGGGGACAAGGGAAAGUCGAAAAUGGGUUCCCUAUCGUCAUUGUCGUCCAAGCUCUUUGGAAAAUCCUCGUCCUCAAAGCCGCUUACCGAUUAUGUCCCCGGUACCCUAGACUAUAGUACCCUACCCAUGCUACAGAUGCCUGCAUGGGCUACCUCGGCUGCUACCAGACGUUUGAUGAAGGACUUCAAAGAUCUCAUCCAGAUCCAGAACAAAGAACCACUUCAUGAAUUGGGCUGGCACAUUGAUGAAGACAGGGUUGAGAACAUUUACCAGUGGAUCGUGGAACUCCAUUCUUUCGAAGCUAGUCUCCCCCUUGCACAAGACAUGAAGAAGCACGGCGUCAAGAGCAUCGUACUGGAACUGCGCUUCGGUAAGGAUUAUCCUAUGAGCCCGCCGUUUGUUCGCGUUAUCCGGCCUCGUUUCCUCGGAUUUGCCCAGGGUGGAGGUGGUCACGUCACUGCCGGUGGUGCCAUGUGCAUGGAACUCUUGACGAAUGAUGGCUGGAGUGCUGUAUCUUCGAUCGAGUCGGUUCUUCUGCAGGUCCGCAUGGCUAUUUCUAGUCGCGAUCCAAAGCCCGCGCGCCUGCAGUCAGGGUCCAUGGCAAACUACGGCGUUGGUGAAGCGGUGGACGCGUACAUGCGUGCUUGUGCAAUACACGGGUGGACUGUACCCGCCGGCUUUAGAGAGAUGGCAUAUGGAGGAGCGGAGAGCGCAAGUGGCGUUCAGGGCCCUGUCUAA